GGGGCGUGGCGCGGCGUAAGGGGGCGUGGCGCGGCGUAAGGGGGCGGAGCUUGGCGGCCGAUUCCGUGGCGGCGGCGACGGCCGGCGGGGCCUGCUGGGCCCGAGCUGCCGGCGGGGUUGCACUGGCACUGGGGCUUGGGACACAGGGAGUGCCCCGCAGAGAGGACUGUGGCCUCGUUUCACCCAAUCUCUUGCUGGAGACGCUGCUUGCCUCAGUCCACGUCGCUGUAGUCCACCUUCCCUAGCAUCACCGUCGCUGUCAUCAGUGGAGCAUCUCAGAGGGUUGAACUGAGGAGGGAACAAGAAACCCAGAAAAGAUUUUCAAGAACUCCCUGAGAGGGAUUUACAGACGGCAGCAGGAGGAGAAGCCCGGCGUGGGGCUGUAUCUCUCACCGCAGGUAGCAACCAGGCUGUAGCCUCUCACAUCCGCAGCCUGUUGAUGUGGCCACAAAAAGCUGCAGUUGAAGCCACCUGGGCCUGCCAGGAGCUGCGGGAGCCAAGCCUGUCCCUUCCCAGCUCUGGCUGAGGUGGAGCAGGGCGGCCGUGCGAGCGUGAAUGCAGCCUGCGGGGACGCGAGCCUCCGAGCCUGCUCCUGGAGAGGGGAGUGCGCCCCGAGGACGGCCAUGGAGAAAAUGGCCAGGGUCACCACAGCCCUGGGGGGUAACGCCCUCACGGGACGGACCAUGUUCUGCCACCUGGACGCCCCCGCCAAUGCCAUCAGCGUGUGCCGUGAUGCCGCCCAGGUGGUGGUGGCUGGCCGCAACAUCUUCAAGAUCUACUCCAUCGAGGAGGACCAGUUUGUGGAGAAGCUGAACCUCCGCGUUGGCCGCAAACCCUCCUUGAACUUCAGCUGCGCAGAUGUGGUCUGGCACCAGAUGGACGAGAACCUGCUGGCCACCGCCGCCACCAACGGCGUGGUCGUCACCUGGAACCUGGGCAAGCCGUCCCGCAACAAGCAGGACCAGCUCUUCACCGAGCACAAGCGCACCGUCAACAAGGUCUGCUUCCACCCCACUGAGGUCUACAUGCUCCUCAGUGGCUCCCAGGAUGGCUACAUGAAAUGCUUUGACCUGCGCAAGAAGGACUCUGUCAGCACCUUCUCUGGCCAGUCGGAGAGCGUGCGUGAUGUCCAGUUCAGCAUCAGGGACUACUUCACCUUCGCUGCCACCUUUGAGAAUGGGAAUGUGCAGCUGUGGGACAUCCGUCGGCCGGACCGCUACGAGAGGAUGUUCACGGCCCACAACGGGCCUGUCUUCUGCUGUGACUGGCACCCGGAGGACAGGGGCUGGCUGGCAACAGGCGGCCGGGAUAAGAUGGUGAAGGUGUGGGACAUGAACACCACGCGGGCGAAGGAGAUCUACUGCGUGCAGACCAUCGCCUCGGUGGCCCGGGUGAAGUGGCGCCCGGAGUGCAAGCACCACAUCGCCACCUGCUCCAUGAUGGUGGACCACAACAUCUAUGUCUGGGACGUUCGGCGUCCCUUCAUCCCUUCCGCCAUGUUCGAGGAGCACAAGGACGUCACCACAGGCAUCGUGUGGCGUCACCUCCAUGACCCUUAUUUCCUCCUGUCGGGUUCCAAAGACAGUACCCUGUACCAGCACAUUUUCAAGGACGCCAGCCAGCCCAUCGACCGGGCCAACCCCGAGGGGCUGUGCUACAGCCUCUACGGAGACCUGGCCUUCGCUGCCAAAGAGAGCCUCAUCUCCUCUGACUCCAACCGCAAGCCCUACAUCGGGGACCGGCGUCACCCCAUCUUCUUCAAGCGCAAGCUGGACCCCACAGAGCAGUUUGAGUACAUCUCCUCCUCCAGCGCCCUCAGCGUCUUCGAGACGGACGUGGAGAGCGGCAGCAUGGACUGGUUCGUGCACACCGCCAAGCAGUACGCGCUGGCUGGCAGGCCCCUGGCCGAGCUCUGCGACCACAACGCCAAGGUAGCCAAGGGCUUGGACCGCAACCAGGUGGCUCAAACGUGGACGAUGCUGCGGAUUAUCUAUUCCAGCCUGGGCACCGUGUCCUCCACCAACCUCAACCACAGCAUGGGGAAAGGCAGCACCACCCUCCCACUCAUGAACAGCUUUAACCUGAAGGACAUCCCCUCUGGGCUGGGCAGCGAGUCGAGACUGGACCGCAGCAAAGGAGAAAGCCGCACGGAAAACAUCCUCAUGGAUUCCUCCUCCACCCUGAUCAACAACGAGGACAACGAGGAGACAGAGGGCAGCGACGUCCCUGCGGACUAUCUGCUGGGAGACGUGGAAGCAGAUGAGGAUGAUCUGUACAUGAUGGAUCACGAGAACCCGCACGCUGAGGAGCAGGAAUACAGCCUUCCCCAAGAAGCCUUCCCCCUGCGCCACGAAAUUGUGGACAACCCAUCGGCCUUGGACCACCUGCAAGAAAAGGCUGACUCCCCUCAUGUCAGCGGCAACGAGGCAGAGACGGUGUCACUGACGCCCGUGGAGUCCUUCUCCCUCAUCUCCAUCUCCCACUCGCUCUAUGAGAACCGCCUGCCCUCCGACUUCUUCAAUCCCAUCGUGCGGGACACGCUCCUCUUCUACGCCGAGCAGGGAGACGUGCAGACAGCUGUGUCUGUCCUCAUCGUGCUGGGAGACCGCAUCCGCAAGGAGAUUGACGAGCAGACCCAGGAGCACUGGUACACGUCCUACAUCGACCUGCUGCAGCGCUUCCAGCUCUGGAACAUCUCCAACGAGGUGAUCAAGCUGAGCACGUGCCGCGCCAUCAACUGCCUCAACCAGGCUUCCACCACCCUCCACGUCAACUGCAGCAACUGCAAGCGGCCCAUGAGCAACCGGGGCUGGAUCUGCGACCGGUGUCGGCAGUGUGCCAGCAUGUGUGCCGUCUGUCACCACGUCGUGAAGGGGCUCUUCGUCUGGUGCCAGGGCUGUAGCCACGGUGGCCACCUCCAGCACAUCAUGAAGUGGCUGGAGACCAGCUCCCACUGCCCCGCCGGCUGCGGCCACCUCUGCGAGUACACCUGAGCCCCGGGACGGCAGCCAGGUGGGGGCGGGCAGGGCGAGCAGGGCCUCCUGCCUGCCUGCCCUCCCCACACCUCCCUCCCUGUAUUUAUUUUUGUGUAAAUAGGGGGCUCCUGCGUGCCCCCCCAGUCCCCUGCCCAGCCCUUUUGUACUGGAUUAAAACAAAACGGAGCAGCUAAACUGAGCCCUGCCUCUUGUCGUUGCUUUACCUGCUUAACCUGCCUCCUCGGACCCC